AUGGCAAACGGAUCGUUGAGGGAAAAGUUUAGCUUUCACUGCUUUGUGAAAUACUUUCUUUUUGCUACUAAUGCCAUUUUAUGGGUAAGUAUCACCAACGUUCUUGCAUGUUAUUGUAAAUGUACUGCUCCUAUCGUGAGAGACCUCUGCCGCUAACAGGUAACCUCGAGCUCUGAGCUACAUGUCCGUUCUGUUUCCUUUUCGGCACAACGUAAACUACUAGCAUGCCAGUAAUAAUGUGCUGUAACCCCCAGUCGUUGUUUUUUACUUUCGCCCGAUGCUUUCGCGUUUCUUUCGCGCGUGCCCCGUUUGGCAAGCUCUCCCUCCAACACCCCUACCCCUACCCCUCGGGAGAGCUUGUCUGUAGGCAAGUAUAACAUUAGCAAUGCGGCUAGAUGAUCUGGUUAUAAAGAAUUCCUCAAGAUCACUUUCAUGUGAUAGUUAAAGAUUUCAUCUAAACAAUAUAUAAGCAAGUCGCAGGUCAGGCAGCCUGGCUAAGUGGUUUGCUCGACGGACUUACAAUAGGGCAGUCCCUGGCCAUCCUCGGAGACCAGGGGCAGAUAAAGGGGGCAAGGGAAAGUGGGCGGAAAAAUAUAUAUGGAACAAAGAAAAGUAAAGAACGGCGAGAAGAGCCCCUGGGGACAAUGUCUUACCAGACCAGUUCCAAACGGUCGCUGCCAAUCUGGCUUCUGAUGGGUGCCAGAAAAACACAAGUUUUCUGGCACCAAUCAGAAGCCAGAACGACGGCGACCGUUUGGAGCUAGCCUGGUAAGACAUUGUCCCCAGGGGCUCUUCUUGCCGUUCUUUACUUUUCUUUGUGCCACAUUUUUCCGCCCGUUUAGACUUUCCUUCGUCCCCACUAUCUGCCCCUGGGUCUCCGAGGAUGGUCCCUGGCUCGAGUAAUGCUCUUUGGCCACUUGCUGGAUUUGAUCUCAGUUGUCCCAAGUUCAAAUCCUCAGCCAGGGUUGUAACUUGCCGGCUGGUUGCCUCCUUUUAAUCCUGUUAUGUUAUAUCUGAAUUAUUUAUUUCUAAUAUAGAGGUUAAAUGCACUUUCCACUAUGAACAUACCAUAACCUUUGAUGUUAAGCAAGGUUAGUGUAAAAGCUGUGCAGAAAGUUAUUCUGCCCAUCUCAACCUGCUCUCUGCUUUUUAUUUCUGGAGCCGAGAAAGGCUUUGUCCACAUCAGUCAAGUACAUCUCUGCUUCGUCAGAGAUCAUUGCAAAUUCUGGGGAUGGGGGUGUAAGGAUCAAAAUUGUCUCUAAUUAAAGACAGUCUCAGAUUGUUUUAUUUCUUCCACUGGCCCUUCUCUUUCCUUUCUCAGCACACCUGCUACUAAUAUCUAAUAGAUUAAAUGAGGAUCAUUAAUUUGUAUCGUGCAUCCUGAAUGUAAUCUUCUUCUUUUUUAAUGUCCGGGGUCUUUGCUUAACUAAAUUAAAAAAUAUUUUAAAAUACCACAUAAUAAUUAUGUAUAGGUUAGACUGACCAAGGUGCAGAUUGUCUCAUCUUAAUAUUGUAGAUUUCAGGUCUGAAAUAUUUUGUUGAAUAAGUGCCCACUUAAGUAUGGGCGCUUAUUACGUUUUCCUAACUAAAGAUUGGUCCAGUUGUUUCUGGGAAGUUCCAGUAUUUACAAAGGGUGUGGGCAAUAGGACAAAAGUUAAAAGAAGAGAUACAUGUAACACACAUAAAGGAACUCUCCAAGUGCCAACAUAUGAUACAAUACUUUAUUUAACAAGGAAUUUACACUUAGCUUAAUCACCUAGUUUACAGUUAAUCCACAGCCAUAUAAGUAUAUUCUAAAAAUUAAAAACUAAAAAUGUAUCAUAAUUAUUCAUGAUACAUGUAUGAAAACUGUAAAAGCUAAGAACUAAGAAUUGAUAAAAACAAUAAAAGCAACAAGCAGCAGCUACCAUGAAUUCUGAUAUCAUAAUCUUAAGCAAUCAAACUUUGUUCUUCACUUCAUUAGUGCCUGCUUUAAUUCUAAUAUCAUUUGAGGGCUAGUUCCUUUACUUAGCGGCAAAAUGUUUCCAUGAUUUGAGACCAUCCAUAUAUUUAGUCAUGUUGACUUUAGGCAAUGAAAGGAUAUAAUCAUGUUGAAGAUUAUAAUUGGCUAAGUGUGAGGUGAUAAGAUCUCUUAAGUUAAUUGUGGGUGGAGCUUUGUCUGAUAUACUAUUGUUUAUUGUCAAUUGCAUGCCUUGGAUGAUGGGAGUCUUUCUUUCCAAGAAAUCUUGAUAAGAUGCACUUUUAUCUUUGAAGAUACAUGUACUACCUCAAAGCCUUUUCGUUGACUUUCUCAAUUUCCUGUUAAAGAAACAUGGAUGUAGAAAUAACUGAAAGUGACUUUAACGGAAAAGAGACAUUCUUUGAUACUGAAAAAGUGAGAAGGGGGUAGGUUUAUUCAAUGGGGUGCUUAGACCUGUAUUUGAUAAAAUGGCCAAGUGGGGGGUGCUUUUUCCAGGAAAUAUGGUAUUGUAGGGAAAUUCUCAAGUUAAGUGUGAAAUUGUAUAAGGAUUGCAGCAAGCAUACCACAGCACCUCCGUCCAAUUUUCCUGGAUUAUACCCCCCCUCCCCCAAGGCUUUAAUAUGCUCAAUCAAAAGUCAUGCUGUUAUCUGUCAAUAAUCCCUAAUUUGGCUUUACGCACUUUAUGUAUUAUGUCAGAUCAUCAGUAUAAUUUUUAUUGGAGUGGGAUCAUGGGCUCAUGAUGAGAAGAAAAAAUACAGUGACCUGGACAGCCUGGCAUUUGAUCCCUCCAUUUUGAUUAUUUUUGUGGGCUGCUUGAUGUUUGUAAUCACAUUCUGCGGAUGUAUUGGAGCUCUGAGGGAAAACAAACUCUUACUACGAAUUGUAAGUUACCAGUAAAUUAUGUAACUAUUCUGCUUUUAAGAUCCCCACGAAAAUUCAAGGGUUGUCACUAAGAUUUCAAGUUGCCAAUGUUAAUACAACAAGUAGGCAGGGAAUCAAUUCAAACAGCUAGGGGUUUCUAACAGUUUUUCAAGCUUCAUAUUCAUUGUUUGUAACAUUUGAUAUAAUACUGGGGAGACAUAUUGGUUUGACACAAAGUUGUAAUUUUGUUAUUCACAAGGAAUGUCUAAGUUCAAUAGCGAAUGAAGAUGCGUAAUUGGCACCAUAAACAAAAUGACGUAGGCAGCUGUGACAGAGCUCCUUUAAUAUCAUGAUUAUUUUAAAUUUUGUAGUUUAUGGGAUCACUGACCAUUAUCUUCAUCUUGGAACUGGUCACUGGAUUUGUUGCAUUCUUUUUUGUCGACAAGGUAAAAGGAAUUAAAUUGUUCAUACUCACCUUUGCGAAGUCCAAUGAAAGCUUUUAGUUUUGCUUGCCAGUGUUUGUUUGCGAUUGUUUAGACUGUCUUUAAUAAUACCUAUAGGCUCAAAUAGUAAACAGCAUCUGAUCUUUCACUAUGUCACUGAAUUUAACAGAAAGGUCAUUGAAGAAAAGGAAAUGACUUUUUCCCCUGCACUGGUACCAUACAAGAUUUGAGGGAAACUAUGCAAAUUAGAGAAAGAAAAAAAUAAAAAGAUGGUUGUAAAUUUUUGAGAAAUCAAAACUGACUAUGUCUAGACUGUCCAACCACCCGCAGCCUCUCUGUUUCUAAUAAUAAGUCCAUCGAGGUAAUUAUAGGUGAGGGACAUCUUGUGGGAGGCAGCAGUGGAAGGCAGCAUGGCAGAGUGGUCAGCGCGUCAGACUAGCAAUCAGACUAUCCCGGGUUCGAGUCCCGCUCUGGCCACUUGCUGGAUUUGUUCUCUGUCAUCCCAAGUUCAAAUCUUCAGCCACACUUGUAAAUAGCCAACUGGUUGCUUCCCGCCAGUUGGGGUUUUUAAUCCUGUUAUGCUUUAUUUGCAUUAUCUGUUUCAGAGUUAUUUGAAUGGAGUGCCUGUAAACUAGCUGGAUAAGCUAAGUGCACUUGCCACUAUAAACAAACCUUUGAAUCAAAAAGACAUAAAUGGUCAUUUGCAUAAAAAAUAGAGGAUGCAAGUUCUUGUUCUUCAGACUGCUACUCUCACUUUUCAAAUCUUGCCUCUUGCAGUGCAUGAGUACUGCUGUGCCUCUUUGACUUUGUCUACUCACAAAGUUUUUUGAAAACAAAAGAUUCUCAAGAACAAUAGCAUACAUAAUUUUAUUUGAGGGUUGUUUCCUGAGAACUCAGUUAAUGGUUUUAUAGUUUUCAACGGUUGCAUAAUUGAACCUUAAAUUUAUUUGCAAAAAAAUUGAGAAUCUUUUGUUCGUAGAAAACGUUAUGAUUGGACAAUUCUCUAGCAAGUGUCCCGGUUUGAGUGUCUGCAAUGUAUUAAAAGUAAAAACGGGAUAGAAAUAAUUGCUUGCAUUAAAGAGGUUUCUGUACAGUAGUAUAAAGUUUUAUUGCUUUGUUUGGCACUUUUGAGACUGUACAAAGAAUCGUCCACACAAUUUUGAAGAGAUGUCUGUAUUUUAUCUCGUUUGAUCAUCUUCUUCCACAUUCAUUAUAAUAAAGCAAGAGCAAACUAAGCUCUUUAUUCGAAGCCAUAUCUGGCCCCAUGUACAAGGCAAUCCAAAUUCCAAAAUCUGGGAAAUUUUUGCUCGUGGAAGUUGGUAUCCUGGGCUUUGGAAUCUGGAUUUCAGCCUUAGGAUAACGUUUGGAAUUCAGAAUCCAAGUUCCUGCUGACGAGGAAUAUGGAAUCUACAGCGUAGAUAAAUACAGAAUAUCAAGACUGCCCAGGAUUGCCUCACCUGUCUGACCCUGGGGGGUGGACUCCGCAUAUGAAAGAGGUUGGGAUGCUCGUCGUCUUGCUUAGGGGUGUAAAUUUCGGAUUUUGGUCUCACUUAGGGUGUUCUGGGCAAAACGCCAUCAUAUUUAGCCGUGAAGGUCUUGAUUAGGGUUGCAUGCGAAAAAAUAUAUAUUGUUUGUGUUUUAACAUGGUCUCUUUUAGGGGUCAAAAAAAGCUCGGGCCACGCCCAGAUCGGUCUCCUUUAUGGGUUUAAUUCAAAAUUUCUGACGACCAUCCCCACCCCUUUCAUAUUCGGAGUCCCCUCCCCGGGCAACAUACCCCUUAUAACAAAUCCCUGAAAAUUGUUUUUAAAAAAAUCACUGGUGUACUUAACGACUGUUUUCUGUAAAAUGUCUGUUCGAAGCAAAUAUUGCGUAGAAUUUUUAUUACUUGAAGACGGCCAAAAAUUUCUAGAUGACCGUUCCUUUCGUGUACAAUUUUCGAAGCUUACCUUAUAAUUUCCCUAUGAAUUUCUUAAGUUUAAUUUCUCACAUUUCACUUCCAAGGUUAGGCUAUUUUAUAUUUCGUCGAAAACAGGAAACCGAAAUUUUCGGAUUUAAAAAUGUGAUACAUGGAGAGAGGAAUCUAAAAAAUUCUUACUUUCGAAAUACAUUAAAUUGCACCUAAAAUUUUCAGGAAAAGAAAACCGUGAAGACCCUUGUAAUUUUGAAAAGACUUAAGUUCCCCUAGGAUGUCCGAACAGAUACAAAUUUUAUAGCACCGCUUAGAAUGCAUUCCUAGAGAUCUAUAAGUACACUGAAUAGCCCUUAAGAGUGAUUUCAAUGUAUUUAGGAGGAAACCGUCAUUGGGUGCCCCUGAAGUCAGUAAAAAUACCUAACUCUAUUAUCCUUGCAGACCCGUAGUAAAGUGAAAGAGGCAACAUACAAGGUGAUCAAACGGUACAGAGAUGACCCAGAUCUUCAAAAUGCAAUAGAUGGAAUACAGAAAGGAUUGAAAUGCUGUGGAGGAUACUCUUACCAUGACUGGGAACAUAAUGAGCACUUCAACUGUUCAGUCAAAACAGUACAGGCAUGUGGUGUACCCUUCUCAUGUUGUCGCGAGGUAAGCAUGUCUGCGCUCUUGAGCCAGAUCGCCGUAUGGUCAGUUGCUUCUUAAAGCAUUUGAAAAGAAAAAUGAGCGGUAACAUUACAGUAAAACUCCGCGACUUAGAGCCUGUGAGGUUAAAAUUUGGCACUUAAAGGAGCUGUGUCACGAAAUUCAGCCAAAUUAGGACAGGUAUUACAAAACGCCCGUUAAAUCCAAGAGAAACAUAAAAAUAACCGCUUAAAACAUUAAAGGAAGGUUAAAAUAACACAACAGAUACAACAGAUGUCACGGAUGGGCAAAAGUGACGAGGAUUGAAACUGGAUUGAAAACUGUUCAACUAGCCUAACAGUUUUUUAAAGUUUAUCUCUGCUGUUUGCAACUUCAAAAAUAAUGCUCAGGAGACAUAUUUGUUUGUCUUGAAUCUCUGACUUUGUCAUUUACGUGUAAUUUCUUUGCUCACUUUAAGUUCCAUAGCGAUUGAAAGCGAGUAAUUGGAAAAUUAAACGAAAUGGACUGGACUGCCGUGACACAGCCCCUUUAAGCCCCCUCUAUUUAAGAGCCUGUUUAGCCUAGAAUUUGAAACAGGUUCUUAUUUUCUAAAAUCUAUGAAAAAAUUCUGUGCACUUGGGCAAAUAACGUAAGUCAACAUUAAGAAUCCUCUUUGGAGACAUACAAUUGCUAUUGCUACUACUGACCAAAUCAUUUUCAUCUCUCGGAAGUGGCAUAGUCUCCUUUGCAGACGUUCGAGCGGGAGUCACGCAGGAAGCUUGCGUGACUCCGGCCCAAGUGGCUACGAAGGAGACUAUACCUGGCAAGGCUCAGUGAAGAUAAAUCUAGAAGUCUUUCAAUGCCUCGCAUGGGAUAAAGUGGAAGAUGAUCAUCAGACUGGGUCGCUGUUGUGUCGAAUUGCACUAUGGGACAGUUUUGGAAACACUGUCCAUUGGCUGUUGCCAGGUUACACAGGAAAUUGGGUUAAAACAUUCCCAUAGUUCCCUAAAAACGCUAACGUGGGAGCGAGGCUAGCUAUUGUGAUGUGGUGUGGCUAUAGUUCAGUGUCUUUUCAAUCAUUUUUUUCAAAACUCAAGUAAAACUCUUUGAUAAUUCAUAAACAAAAAACAAAAGAAAUUAGUCUUUAAGGAGUGUCUUUAUAUCUGAUAGAGAUACGGCUUAACUUUACGUCCAAGAUAACCUUAAAUCUAAAUAUUUGUGCAAGAAUGAGGUGAUCUAUAUCAGAGAUUUUGAAGCCAUUCAAAAAACUCGCAGUCGUGUAUUAUAAGGUGUAAAAACUCUCGGCUUCGUCUUGAGUUUUACGUCAUUUGGUGUUUGCACGUAUCCGUAGAGUUACUCGCUGCUUAAUUUUUGUUUACACUGAUAUUCUUUGUCGAACAGGAUCAAAUAAAUACACAGUGUGGAUUUUCUGUACGACGAGAGAAAUUCGUAAGUACCUUUUAUUAAUUAGUACGCGCCGCAAACAAAUUUUACGAUAGCAAAAGGAAAAAGGACGACGUGCAUUACUAAAUUAAUAUCAUGCGCGUGCUUUGCUUGUUUACAGCUGUAAUCGAGGUGUUACAGAUCUAUUCUAUACUAUAAAAGAUUACAUUUAGACCUGUCAGUAACUGCGACCACAUUAUGUUCUGCAGUUGGUAUAGGAUUUAGUGGAGCCAAAACCAAUUGAGGGAAUUCCACUCAUUUUAGGCAUCCUAGUGACGAACUGUUACUACAAGGAUAUUUGCUGACGCGACCGGCCAUAAUAUUGUAGUCUGUCCCCUCUUUCGCUCUUCCAUUGUUUGUUAACUCGUCUAAAACAAUGAUUUUAUUUCAAAUAGUUAUGGGGAGUCGUGGGACUCAUUUUGUGAAAAAUCAUGAGUCCCAGUUCAAAAAAAAGUGAUUCCGAAAUUGAAAAUGCUUCAGGGGGUGCGCCUUUAACCAGGCAGUUGAUCGAAAGACAGACUCCAAAACUAUGUAUUACAGUUUACUGAAAUUCUAAUAUAGUCCUUCUAUUUUAAAGCGCAACAAAGGCUAAAAGAAAUAUGCCGAUCGUUAAACAAUAGCUGUAAUAACUGACACAGAAAUUACGCGGACGUGCUGGAUAUUUCUUCAAACACCAGGGUCCGAAAUUGCGCCUUCCUAGUCGCCAAUGCGACCAAAAAUUCAGUUCUGGCGACCAGAAUUUCGUAGUUGGUCGCCAGCUGGCGACUGGUAAAGCUGGUUGUCAUUGUAGUCUUUCACGUUCGGAGAAAAUGAUUAAGAAUUGAAACCUCGAAGCUAUUUGCCAACAGGUGUCUUACUUUUCGUCCUGCAGAUAUUUUUUUAAUUUAAAAGUGAAACGAAUCUUCCUGUAAAUAUACCUCCACAACAGCUACGAUCAAUACGAGUUGAAUUUUUGGAUUUUUGGCGACCAUAAUUUGCCCCCUGGCGACCGAAAAUUUAUACUUGCUCACCAGUUGGCGCCCAUGUUAAAAAGUUAAUUUCGGACCCUGAACACGCAUGUUCAGAUCGAUCGAUUUCUGCGUCCUACGGGACGCAUGCCGUGAAUUAUUUUCGCCUUUGGGGAUUUGCUUUGCGUCAGGGACGCAGGACGCAGAGCUGAGGUAACAAAAUCACUGCAAAAAAUAUCGGAAUUUAAAAAAAAAAUCAGUAGCAGGGAACCUGAUAGGGGAUGGCAAAUUAAUGAAAUUUUACAAAACACGAUUCGAAGCCUCUAAUAAGCCAGUGUUCAUUCAAAUGUGUCAUGUGUAUACAGUGACCUCUGCGCAUCUCUUAGUUGGUAUCUACAACAUUUUUAUUUCUUAGGAAACGGAAGCUUCCUCGUUGAUUUACACCCAAGGAUGUAUAGACAGCCUGACAAACUGGAUUAACGACAAUCUUCACAUCGUUGGCGGUCUGGCAUUUGGUUUUGCAGUUAUCCAGGUCAGUGUGUAUUUCAGGUUAAAGGGGCUCUGCCCCGGCUGUCUUUUUAAGUUUAUUUUGUGUAAAAUGGCAAUUACGCGUCCUUAUUCUCUAUGUAAAUUAAGAUUUUACUUCGGAAUGACAAAAUCACCGCCUCGUGUCCAGCAAUUGCACCUCCCAAACAUUUUUUCAAACGUUAAAAACAACAAAUGAACCUUGCAAAACUGUCAGGCUAGCAACUGUUUCAAAAAGCAUAAUUGCAAUCUGUUUCAUUCUCUUUCAAUCACGUUUGUUUAUCCAUUCCUCUUUUUGUAUUUGUUGUGUUAUCUAUAUAUGUAAAUUCUUUACUUAAUUUCUUCAGUUUCACUCAAUUUGGUGAUAUUUCCCACCGUCUGAAUUUUGGUGAAUUUUGUGACACAACUCCUAAAACAGUCAUCAGUAAUUGCACUGUGGGUCAGCUACUCCGUUAGCAAAGUCCUCUUUAAGAUUGCCGAUAAGGUAUCCAGAUCGUUGGCGGGUAUCAGGUCGUUUCGCUCGAAGUUGUUUUGCCCGAACGUAAGUCGGUUCGCCUGAUGUAAAGUUGUCGCUCUUUCAGCCUGAAAAAACGAAUAAGCGUGAAAAAACAGUAACUGUACAUGUGGGUCAACAACUUUUUCCAGCAAAAACGUGAACAAAAAUACAAAUUACACAUCAAAGAUCUAAUUGUUGCGUUGCUGUACAGUCUGUCGUCUCGAAUAUGAUUAUCAAGAUCGCUAAAAUCUUUCAGAUCGCUCGACCUUUAAUUUUUUAGGAUAGCAGCAAUAGAGAUCAAUAGAAUCCAAGCUUAACUAAAAAUAUCUCUGAUAUUAAAGACGUGUUGAAGAGUGCUGUUUGUCAUCGGGCGAAUGGACUUAAGUCCGAGCGAAACAACUUCGGGUGAAACGCGACCACAGUUAGUGGGACCCUCAGUUAUGUUGUGAUGCUUUUUUUCGGAUGGGGAGGAGACUGACAGGUGCUCAGUCUUCCUGAAGGCUAAACGUUGUACAAUGAAUCAUAAUUUCCUGACCAUAAUAAUAGAAGUAAUUAGAUACUGCUAUGAAACCCUUUGAAACCUUUCUUUUCUGGUUUUCCUCCUCUAGCUACUCGGUAUACUUGGCGCUUAUAACAUGAUCCGAGACAUCGACCUGAUAUUGAAGUCAGCGGACAGCGACACAGGAAUAAACUAUAUGCUAUGAAACAACCACUGGCCAUAAGGCAGAAAAUGGUAGAACCAAUUUUAUCAGUACACUCUUGAUAAAAAGCUAGCUUCAGUUCAAACUGUAGACUUUAUCCGUUGACUACGUUGCUCAAGUUUCUUGCCGAAGAAAUGUAAGAGGUCGACGUGAUUGCAAGGCUAUCGUAACUGUCUCCAGCGCAAUUUGCUAGAAAUUGAACUUGUCAACGUAUAGUGAAAGUGAAUUCGACUGCUUGAAAAAACCAAAAACGGAAAUUCUUCCGAGUCCAGUUUAGAAGAGACAAUGUGUAGCUUCUGGAAGGCUAAACAUUGUCGUGACACGUGACUAGACUCUCAAUGGCUCCGAACCUACAGAUACCUCUUGGGCUACGCUCACACAGCGGCAACGGACGAAUUUUCGACCGGUUGAAAAUUUAGUUGUUCCGUUUAGACGGAACUAUCUUAACCGUAUAAGAAUUUAGAACCCUAGCCUUAAAAUAUUUGAAAGCCAAAAUCGAGUUCAUUCUCUUAGCUGGUACGGUGGAAAAUUUGACCUGCGCUGUGUGAGCACUAUAACCAUGUACAUUUUUUGGCGACGAAGGUGUCGUUUCAUGGAUGCGUGGUAACUCAGCUGAAAGACGCCAUUUUGGAUUUACUGAAGUAGCGCUCUUCGCAUGGGUAGAUGGUAAAAGCUCUGACAAAAAUUGAUAUUCAACCUGGUUCGUCAGUACCGUGUGAACAGUGAAUGAACGGUUCUGUGUGAACGAAGAGUCCAGUCAAAUUUCGUCCGGUGGCGUGUGAACGUAGCUUUGGUAGCUAGUCUUCGGUGGUGGUGGUGGUACGGGGGAAAACGAUGGCCUUGUUUCUCUGCUCAUCGUUCUAUGCUCACUCACUAUGUUUUCAUGAGUUUUCUUUGGUGUAGCCAGCCUACAGACCUGUAGGCCCGGGCCUACUAAUUUUUGCUAUGAUCACUCUACCGCUAGUAAUAAACUAUGCGCUGUUAGGUUGAGCAAAAACCUUCAGAGGUCAAAGUGUUGAUGAGAUCAGUGCGUACUAGUCAUGCGUGCAAUUUUCAGGUUACGCAG